CGAUACUCCAGAGCCAAUCAUAUUGCCUCUUCCUGAUUUUGUUCGAAGCUCAGUAUAGAAAAACAUCUCAAGUUUGAUGCAAAUAUAGAACGAUCUCCUUUGUCCAAACUUUACAUCCGACCACCGACGAAUCUAUAGCCCUACCAACGACUCGAGCAAGAUAUGUCGGCACGAGGCGCACGUAGUCGAAAGGUACAGCAGAAAGAAGUCGAGAAGAAAGAGAAGAAGGCGGUUGUAAAGGGAAAGGCUCCCGAACGGAUACAGGAAAACCAUGAUGCGUUUACAGAGUGGCGACCAUCACCAAACUCUAGUAAUCCCAGGGGUGGGAUUCAACGCUCCCUUACAGUUUCCAGCAACAACAGUCAUGCAACAUCGCGAAGCAGUUCUACGCACGAUGGUGGCAGCAGCAGUCGACCACGACUACAUACUCUUCCAUCCGACGUCUCUUCCGGAAGUCGACCUCCGCCAACGAAUUCUUCUAGAGCCGAAUCCGUAUCAGACAACUCGGCAAAAGGCAAGGACAAGACAAAGUACCAGGCAAAAGGUAAAGAUACAAAAGCUCCUCGCGGUAGAGGGGGAGGAGUGCCAAUAAAGAAGAGCGUUGCACCGACGCCCACGCCUCCUGUCUUUAGGUCUGAAUCGUCCGCGUCCUACGCCUUUCCAACCGACCAGAAAACAUGGCUGAACUUCAAGGUUUGGACGGAUGGCAAAGAUGGCAUGCGCCCAUAUGGAGGGUUCGACUACGAUGAAGAUAUGCAGCACGGUAGUGUGCUUAUCUAUUUCAAAGAGGAGCAGGUAGACGAGGAUCGCCCAGUCCCUUCGAUCCGGGCUGAUUUGGAGGUCCUUCAAAAUUCAGGCUCCACUUGGCUGAGUAAUGCCUUGUUGUACGGUCAAAUAGACGAUAACGACGUCGAUGACUGGGCGCUUUCGGAGAGCGCAAGUUCACCAUCGCAGCCUUUCUCCCCGAAUUUUCCACAACCUACACAACGGCGGAUGUUAGGUCCAACAUCACCAGGCGGACGAUCUCCGCCGCCUUUUGACAUCGACCAGUCACAUAGCAUAGAUUCUCGGACUACUUCUAGAGCUUAUCAUCCAUCUGAAGCCUCCCAUCGACACUACACCAAUUCGCCACCUCCUUUUCAACAGAGUUUCCAACGCAACCCAACCCACGAGAUAUGGUUCACCGCGCCCGAAAACAUAAGGACACCUCAGGGGCAGAGACUCCAUCACGUUGCUAUUCGUAAUUUCCUGGCCAUAUUGCAUGGCAAACCUAUAGUUGGAGCAGACGUGUAUGACAUGCUGAGUACACUCCAACCCCAGAUACAUAUCAUGUACGAUCUUGACACGGACGCUCGAUCUGGAAUGACAGCUAGGGAACGUAGUGUCCAAAUGAUUACAGAAUACCUUGGCCGAUAUGGUAUCGAUGACUUACGCAACAAUAUUCGACGAGCUCUUGGGCUUUUGGCAUGGGCAGAACAGGACACUAUCAAGUGGCGACAAGGCUACCUCGAGAGCUUUGUACACUUAGCUGGUGUCAUGACACCGGAAAUAGAGGACCACCCGGAUUUCAAACGCCUCUCUGUGGUCACAAGGCGGAACCUCGGUUUAGCUGCGAAGACACUGCAAUUGCGCGUCAUGGAAGCAGAGGAAAAACUGUCCAACUUCGACUUCAGUGAUCUCUGGGAAGACACACUGAAAACUGCGAAUAGCCCAGUCUAUCAGAGCUACCAGUCGUUUCGCCAGUUCCUUAUUGGUCAUUUCACCCGCAUAUACGGUAAUUGGCCACCGACCUCCGACAAGACAUGGCUUAAUCGCAAGGUUGUGAACGCUAUGCAAGAAGAUUUUGGUUCUCUGUACGAUUAUUUCGUCGACCGAGACGUGAUAUGGAAUCCUCGAGAGGAGCGAGCAUCUCGUAAAUGGGAGAUGGCUCAUCGAAAAAAUGACAAUUUCAGUGCAGACUUGCCAGAGCUCGGUAUGACGGAUAUGCUGGUCACUUACGAUGCAAAGAACGGGUAUGCACACAUUCCGCAUCCGUACCCCUUACUUCCUAGAGAGGUACCAAAGACGGGCAAGGACAAGGAGAAAAAGAGCUUCUUCUCUUCACUGAAAAAGGAUAAGCCCAAGGAUACCACAAAGGACGCAAAAGCACAACUGCAGCUCUCCAUUAUCUUUAGCGAUGCAACGAAUAUCGAGAAACUAGACGUUAACUUCAACGGAUCUACGCUUAUUGACAAGUUCGAACAGUUCGAGCUCACCACCGACUUGAAACACAUGACACCGCGCGAAGCACGUCUAGGACGUUGGGUGCUUCUGUACGGCGUGCUACAAGUCUUGUCAACUCUAUCUGUCGACGUCCAAAGCCUGAAGCACACGGACGGCGUACGGUACUUCCUGAACACCGAUCUCAAGCGCAUGCCUGAGUGGGUAAGCAACGGUCAGAUAGAGCAUCUAGAAGCUAGGCAGCAACGAUCUUGGUGUUGGCAGCGCGCAUGGGAUCCAAUGCCUGCGCAACCUGCGCCUGUAGAGCUCGAUGCAACACCGAACAGCGAACGUACGAGCCACCAUGAAGAUGCACGACACGCUGAGAUAGCAGGUCAUAACUUUCCUAGUCCACCACCGCAACAUGCACUCCCUCCCCCACCGCAGCACGCACUUCCUCCACCCCCACCAAGUCUCGACGGCGCAACACUGAUGCAGAACGACAUCCGCCGCCUAGGAGAGAAGAUCAACAACCUCCACCUCUCUCACAACGCUGGCAAUCAUUUCCGUCAAGAAUUCGAACGCCGCCGCGAAAACGAAAAAGUCAUACAAGACGAAUUCACCGAUCGCAAACCACGUUUACAAGGCGAGACGUUCGGGCCUCGAGCAGCUCGCGACAGAAAUACUGACAAUACCUUCAACCCGCGAAUGGAUUCUCUCCCACGUUCCCGCGACCGCGAUGCGCCACCCAGAAGCCAAUCGCGCAUGGACGACAGUUUUCGCCUCACAGAAUCCGACUUCUCGCCGCAUGCCCACACCAACGAUUUCAUCGACCGUCAGCAAGCCUCCCUCUCACCACCUGCACUCCACUCGGGUCUCCACAGUCAUACGAACAGUCUGAAUACCGAUCUGGGCGCUUACCCUUUCAACGUGAAUGAAAAUGAGAUGCAGUGGCCGGUUCCCCCAGGGUACAAUGAAAGCAAUCAUUCGUGGAGGGAAGGGAGGGAGAGCACAGUGCUAGGGGAAGGAUAUGGAGCCAUGGACUUUGGUAUGAGGGAUGGUGUAGGUGAGGGCAGGAAUGAAGGGAUGCAGGGCACGGGGAUGAGAAGGACACCUAGAAGGGUGCAUGAGAGAAGUGGGUGGGAUUAGUGUGGACUUGGUAGGAAGGCGGAAGUUGGCAUGCGCGUGGAUUUUUAAUUGGAUAUACCCUCUUGUUUUCAUUUGUGUUCUUUCUUGGAUUAGCAAAGGAGAACAA